AUGCCUAACAACGAAGAAUUAUCAUCUAAAGAUGAACGAACAAAUUCUAUUACGAAUCGUCUAUCAAUGGGUCCAAUAGCUGCUGCUAGUCGUUUUAUGUCUUCUGUAUCAAAAAAAUCACGUAACAGUAUUUCUAAAGAAUCAAAUGAUACUAAUGAACAAGCUUCAUCAUCUAAACCGCCCACCUCACACUCAAGUCCACUUUUGAUAAAUUUAUCUUCAAAAAUGCACAGUUCAUCAACAAUGCCCUUCAAUUUAAAUAAUUUAUCAAAAUUAUCAAGAACAUCAACUAAUUCAAUAAUACCAACACCAGAAACAAUUGAUGUUAAUUUUAACUUCGAUUUAACGUAUACACAAAUACGUGAUUUAACUGAAACAAAUUUAAAUUAUUUUUCUCUACAAAAAAAUGAUAUUUGUCGACGAUUUGAACAUUUAUUUAUUCAACUUUCACAUUCAUUAGAAUUAUCUUUACCACUUAUACGAUAUCUUAUAGACAAUUUUCAUCAAUUUGAUUAUAGUACUGAAAUUCGUGCUAAUGGAUAUCGAACAUUAGUUGUAUCACAUGGUCAAGCAUGUUUACGAACAUUAGAUAUACUUCGACAAGUUGAUACAAGACGUGCUGGUCUUUUAUUUAAUCUAAUGUAUGCAUCUAGACUAUUUCAAGAUCUUGAAUCUUGGAUAAAAGCUCUUAUAGGAAUGCAACAUAUAUUAGCAUUUGCUGUCAAGAUCAUUGGUUAUACUGAGAAAACAACAUUAUAUGUUGAUGUUACUCAAGUACCAAUGGAUGUUGAAUUAGAUUAUUUUAAAAUGGUCGCUUUUAAUACUGAAUCUUUUUUUGGUAGAACAUGUGGAUUUCAAUUUGCUGAAUCUAUGGAAAACAUGCUUACUUUGAUAUUAGCUGGUCUAGCUGCUUAUCAUGAGACGUAUAAUCGAUCAAUACCAUUUGCAGCAGCUAGUGUUGCAACUGCACCAAAAUAUAUUCUAUUUCCUGAACAACGAGCAGCAAAGUGUGCGGCUGUAUUUCGUGAUUGUGAUUAUUUAUUUUGUAAAUCAUUUUGGAAUCUUGUUGAUCAUGAUUUUAUAAAAAAAGGUUCACGAUAUAUUGUUCCAAAUGUAACUGUAUCAAAAUAUUUUCAAAUUGGUCCUGAGCCUAUUGAAAUUGAUUCAAUCAUUGUUCCACCACCAACAGCAGGUGCUGGUAGUGAUGAACCAAAUGAACGUAUCGGAGGUAAUAUUGGAGCUGGAUCAGAUAACAAAACAGGCUCGGGUAGUAUACAACCGAAACAACUUGUCAAUAUAAAACUCUUAUCAAAUGAAAUACGAGAAGGUAUGGAUAAAUUACCUUUGAAAAAAAGUGAUUUAGAAAUAUCAUCAAAAAAAAUAUUUCCAAUGAGUGAUCAACUUCUUAUGCAUGUUCAUGGUGGAGGUUUUAUAGCAACAUCAUCAACAACUCAUGAAAUUUAUUCAAAACCAUGGGCAUUAGGUCUUGGAAUACCUAUUAUAUCAGUUGAUUAUUCUCUUGCACCUGAAUAUCCAUUUCCUCGUGCUGUUGAAGAAUGUUUUUAUGCAUAUGCAUGGAUUUUAAAAAAUGCUAAUAAACUUGGUUGGACAGGUAAAACAAUUUUAUUAGCUGGUGAUAGUGCUGGUGGAAAUUUAAUAACAACUGUUACCAUGAAAGCAAUUGAAGCUGGUUUAAGAAAACCAGAUGCUAUUAUUUGUUUUUAUACACCAUUUCUUCUUUGUUAUAGUAUAUCACCAUCUCGAUUAUUGGCUAUUAUGGAUCCAUUAUUAAACACGGGUUUUCUAUGGCGUUGUCUUGCAGCAUAUGCUGGAAUCAAAUAUAAUAAUAAGCCACCUAGUGAUGAUCUUUCUUUAGCAACACCUACUAUUGAUAAGAUGCCUGAAAAACGACGUAAAAUUAGUACUGACGGAUCAUCAUCAUCAAAUCAAGUUGUACCUGAAGAUGAAGACGCAUCUGGAAAUAUAAAACCCGACGUUAAAGAUAUUUAUCAUGCUCGAUUGACUGAUAUAAUGGGUUCACGUCAAGCAUAUUUUCUUCGAAACUUACGUGAAUCAUCAUUACCAAAUCAUCCACAUAUGUCACCUUUGCUCGCUUCCGAUGAUAUUUUACGACAAUUUCCAACAACUUAUCUUUUUCCAUGUGCACGCGAUCCAUUUAUUGAUGAUAAUGUUGAAUUUGCACGUCGAUUACGUUCUCUUAACGUUCCUCAUCAUUUAAAUGUAGUCGAUAAAUGGCCACAUGGUUUUCUUGAUUUUGGUUUUGCAUCAGAUGAUGUUGCUCAAUUUAAUAUUGAAAUUAUAAAUAUGCUUCAGAAUAUUGUUCAGCAAUCAUAUUCCAAUGAUACCAGUGAUAUACCUUCCGUGCCAACUUUUAUUGGCUAA